AUGGUGGUAAAGAAAAUAUCCAACACCCGUAUCUACGCAUUCGACUCCCCCAACUUUCCCCCAUUGUUGGAAGCCAAAACAACCUUAGAUAUAGAUCCCAAGAUGCUAAUUCAUACGCCAAGUUCGGUUCCCGACGAGUGCAGGCUGCAUGACCGCCUGUCAAGGAAAGUGUACGUGCUAAAGGUGGUACCAACAAUAACCCCUGAAGUUAUAAGGGCAGUUUUCUCCGAAAUGGAAGGAGUGGUAUUAGAAACGUACGGUAAUGGUAACAUGCCAAUUAAACGGAAGGAGGUAUAUAAGGAAAUAGAACGAGCAGUCAAGAAUAAUGUAUUGGUGGUAAAUGUGACACAGUGCAUCAACGGCACAGUCCUUGGAAAGGCUAUCUAUGAGACUGGCUUGUUGUUGGUUGAAUGUGGCGUAGUUCCAUCGUUUGAUAUGACAUCGGAGGCUGCUUUCGCUAAACUUUCCUAUGUGCUGAGUAAAACAGAACUUAGUUACACUGAAAAAGUUGAGUUAAUGAAGACAAAUAUACGAGGAGAGUUGCACAACCCUUUGCAAUAAAUAGAAGUUUAGUCGUUUGGUGUAAAUAUUUAUUCCUAAUAAAUUAUAGAUUUUGGCAUAUUUUUCUUGCAUAAAAUCAUGAGUAAUAUGGAAAACGUAUUCCCUGCAACACUUUAUAUGGAUAAGAUUACGUCAAUUUGUAUGUCAUAUUUUAUAUCAACUAUAAAAUUCUUCUAUCACAUCACAUAUUAAUGGAGUGUGUCCGAGACGCUAUUAUAGUGUUUUAAAACAAAAAGUUUUCUCUUGCUGCAUCAAUAAUUUAAGUCUGCGAUGCUAGUAGAAUACCAUGAACAUUUAUUAUCAGCACCCAGGAUGGAUUGAUAUUCAAUUAUUCAAAAAUAAUCUGAAACAAUUUUUGUAAAAUAUAUCAUUGUGUUACUGAAUACCUAAACGAUGAUAAUGUAGGGUAAGAUUUAUCGGUGUCCAUUCAUGUUUUAGCGAAUAAUAAUAGUAUAAUAUUAUAUAUUUGCUAAUUUAUUUAUUAUAUUAUUGACAUUAUAUAUAUUUAGUUAUGGUAUAUUUAUAACAUAGUUCUUAUCCAUUUUAUUACAUUUAGACUAUUAUAUGGUAAUUGUAUAAUAAUAAAAUACUAAUAAAAUUGUAUAUCCUAGAUAAUAUUAUAUGUUGCAUGUCAGUGAUGAUUAAAUG